CGCAGAUUCUUUCAUCGCAAGAUGAUCGACACCCAUGUUAACCAUCAAGCUGAGGGAAGUUGAAGGAAUAAGACCCAACCAAAGGAAAAGGGAGAAGACAUUGUGGGGAAAGGAUUAAGGACUGGACACAACCCGACAUUACAAGCUUGUGACAUUUUAACCAGAGAAGGACUGCCAUACAAAUGUGGACCUCCCAAAAAGUGUUCAAAUAAUUUCCCCUUUGCAUCAAGAGGACAACAACUAUAAUCUCUGAGAUGUCUGAAAACAAAGACAUAACGAGUCGCCACUUGCAGCACAAGCUGCAGAGCCUGGGACGACGGCUGGACGAGCUUGAGGAGGCUACCAACAAGCUCCAGAAGUCAGAAGAUGAGCUGCUCGAUCUGCAGGACAAGAUUAUACAGGCAGAGGGCAGCAACUCCUCCAUGUUGGGCGAUGUUGAAGGACUGCGCAAGCGCCUGCUAAAGAUUGAAGGCAAGGACGAGGAGGUGUGCAAGGCAGAGGACCUCUGCCGUAUGGUGCGGGAGAAACUGGAGGAGGAGGAGAGCUUGACCCAGGACCUCAAGUCUGAGAUUGAGUGCCUGCAGAGGAGAAUGGCUGAGCUGGAGAAGUUGGAAGAGGCCUUCAGCAAGAGCAAGUCGGACUGCAGCCAGCUGUGCCUCAGUCUCAACGAGGAGAAGAAUCUGACCCGGAAGCUGUCCUCAGAGAUGGAGGCCCUCAAGGACCGUGUGAAGGAAGUGGACACGUCAGAGGUAAGGCUGGACCGGGCAGAGAUGUUCCUGGCAGGGGAGCUGGAGAAGCUCAAGGGCCUCACUCAGAAUUUUUUGAGUGAGAGGAAGAGACUCCUGGAGAAGCAAAAGGAGGAUGAGAAGCUUAUACUAAAACUGACAGAAAAGCUGGAGCGUCAGAACAGGAUUGGCCCGGUAGAUCCCAGACGAAUUGAAGACGACCUCUCAUCCGGCCUGACCGGCAAGCUGGGGCGCAAGAAGAGCCUGGAUUACCUGAAACUGGGAGACGAGUUUGGGAUAAGGAACAAGUCAGAGAAUGAGAAGAACAGACUUGAUGGCCAGGAAGACAACAAAGUCAAGGAACUCACCCAGGAAGUGGAGAGGCUGAAGAACCGGCUGAAGCAGCUGGAGCUGGUGGAGGAGGAUCUUAAGAACACCGAGUCCAAGAAUGGAGAGCUGCAGGAGAAGUUCCAACAGGAGAGAUCCCGUAGCCGAGCGCUCAACGAUCAGGUGGAGCAGCUUAGAAUUCAGCUGUGUGGUGGCAGCAGUCAUGGCAAUGGAGGACCUAGCAGUCCAGCAAAGGUCCUUGAGAAUGGCAAGGCAGAGAAUGAGGAGAUCAAUGUCCGUGGUGGGUUCAGGCAGGUCAAGCCCAAGUAUAGGCCUGCUGCAGAGCCAGUCACCCCCAAGUACAAGAGCAGAGAGCUGUCCCCGCAGCACAAGAUGGAGACCAAGCUGAGGAGCAAAGAACUGAGCAACUCUGAGGAAAGUUCUCCAAAGUCUGUCAGGAGGGCACUCAGUCCUGCACACAAGAGCAGGAGGACACCCAAGACUGGAACGUCAACUGCCUCUGACAAUGGAGUGAAAGAAAUAGGCAGAGGGGUAGAGGAGAAAACAACAAGAGGAGCAGCCCAUACUCCUGUCGGCACAUCUUUGAGUGACCGCAAGAAGCUCUCUGUUCUUAGUCGCUACCCUCCAGCAGCUAAUGACCAGAAGCCAUGGAAGAUAUCUCAGAAACCAAGUGAGAGUGAAAGCAAAAAAUGCCAAGUUGAUACGUUUUCUAGAUUGUAUGUCGGUAGUGACAGUGAGUCGAACAAUUCUGAUGUGGUGCCUGAAAGCUCAAGCAAGAGCAACAGUGUCUCCCCACUUGAAAAGGAUGCAUUUGCGUCGGACCUGGAGUCUGUGGACCAGGUUCAAGAGGCUCUUCCAGUGUCAAACCUCUCCAAAGCCAAUGGGUCGUACAUUGCCUACAAGUCCCAUGUGUCCCCAAUGUUCAGUGAUCAUGGCUCUGAGGGCCACUCCUCGGCCUCUGAGACUGAAUCACCUGGGUCCAGGCCCUCGGAACCAGAACCUGUACCUGAGGUGACUGCACUGAGUAGCAGAACCUCCACCACUCCCAAGUGCUCCAGAUACUCUCGCAUACAGGACUCUCAGUCAGAGGGCUCCUCCACCAGGAGCUCGAUUGACGAGGAGCAGCACAGGCUGUUGGUGGCAGAAGGAGAAUCCCUGGAGCCCACUCACACCCCAUCAGGUAUAGAGCUCCGCAGGGUCUGCAGCCCACGGGAAGCACUGAGGUCAAAGGCAGUCAUCAAACCAGCCAUCGUGGAAAUUGAUAGGAAGGAAGUCAUGAUAUCCGGUGGGGCAGAGCCCUUGACCUCCUCCAAUGGCAAGCCCAAAAUUUCCACAAAACCAGUCCUGACCAGUAGCAUCACUAUCUACCCCAACGAUCCCAACUCUUCCAGGACCAGCAGCCGCAGCAGCAGUGUAUCCAGCGAGCCACCAGUCAAGGAACGCCACACGUCCACCAGCAACAUUGUCAUCGGCCCCAGUGAGCACAGGGGAAGUAUCUCCAUCCCCUAUGAGAUCUCCAUCCCCAAGAGAGAGAUCACACCCUGGCCGUCCAUGGAUGGCCCUGACGAAUCAGGGGUGCUAGGGAUGGCCUGUGCAGAGACACACCUACUCCCCCGAAGCAACUUCAGCCUCCAGUCACCGGAGACCACCUCCGACUUCAACAACGACACAGAGUCGGGUUUCGAGAGCAGCAGUAGCAGCACUACCACCGUCACCAGCUGGAGGAGCCAACACCAUGGCCACCACACCUCCCAGGACGACAGCCUCCCAGAGAUGAGAAACGUGACGGUGCGAAGCACCUGGAAGAACAGGGGGGCAGCAUCUGUGGACGAGCCUGGCCGGGGAGCCAGGAUGUAUGGGAUGGGCUCUGAGGACGAGGCAGAGUCGGCCACCACGUGGAGGGCUUACCGCGCCACCACCAUUCUGGACACGGAGGAGACGGUAAACGCCACAAGGGCUGCUACAUCACGGACAGCCAAGCCUUCUCCAGCAGAGCUGUAUAUGCGCAGGAUCAACAACAGUGUGGUGACCACCAGGGACAUCGCAGAGCCAGUGUGCCGGAGCAAAAGCUCCCUGUCGCCCACUGAAGGAGGUCUGCGGAUGAGUAUCCCCCACGAGCCUGUCAGCUCUCAGAAGCUUGUUCCCUGGCGGACACAACCCAUGGCCGCUGACGACACGGACCCCAACCCUGGGUCGUGGAGGACGAGGCCGGCGCCCGGUGACCUAGAUCCCUAUGAGAGCGAGAGGAGCUCCAGGACAGAUGUAGGGUCCAGCAGAGGGAUGAGGACCACAGCUUCCAGACCAGCGCUCUUGUCCAAUAGGGGUCAUGCUGGCCUGGCGGAGGGAAGGACCGGGCGCGGCAAUCGACCGUGGAACAAUCGUCAGACCGAUGACUAAACCGGCCAACCAUCUUAGUCUCUCUACUUCAUAAUAUCCAGAGCUCUCCACCCCCCCAAACUGCACAACAAGGAGGAAUGUACUGCGUCCCACAUCUCUAAUCCCCCCCUCAGCAACAGCAGUGGCAGGCAAGUUCCUGCCAAGUCCCUGUCCAGCAACAACCCCAUGCUUCUGAGUCUAAAAACAAGAUGGCCACCUGUAAAACCUUCCACCACAACGUCCAUGUAUAAACCCUGGAUGACUAACUGGGUGCUGUAUUGAAGCCACCGCGCAGCCAUCUUGAUUUUUCGAAGCUAUGGAAAUGCAUUUAUUAAUGUCUACAUACGUUUUUGACAUUCUAUUACAGACACCUUUGGCAAUACUUUUAAAAUAUAUUAUGUGAGCUAAACAUAAAAAUAAAAAACGUGAUGAAAAAAUAUCCCUUUAAGUAUUUUUUUGUAGAGUACUAAUGUUUACUCUCCCCACUACAACAACAAAAUACUUAAAUACAUGUAAUUUUGACCUUAAAACAUUGCAUUGAAAUACUCUAGAAUACAUUCCUAUGGAGGGCUGCUCAUUCUAGGGAGUGCCAAUAUGGCCGACCGGUGGUUUCAAAGCCUCUCAGUGGUUUAUACAGAGUGUCAGCAAUCCAGGGUUUAUAUACUUCAUUGAUCUGCACAGACCACUUCAGUUGUAUUAUAAUAUGCCCAUAUACAGUGUCGCGAUGGAGUGGUCCUCACCACCCUCUUCCGCUUCUUCUCCUACCUGAUGUAUUAUAAUGUAUUGCUCCGACUUGACAAGGGAGAGACGCUCACUCGGGUGACUGGGUCUAGAGGUGUGUGUGUGGGGGGGCGAGAGAAGAGGGGAGUGACACAGGAAGGAAGGAUUUGUUGUCUUUCAGAAUGGACCGUUACAAGACCUCACUUUGGAACUUCUCAGCGGCGCUCCCCCAAGCUGCACCAAGAUGUGACCAAAAACAGGGAGCGAAUUACUUCUAUUUCUUUUAUUUUUAAAUGUCUUCUGAUCUCGGAAAUGUGUAUAUAUGUUUUUUUGCUUAAUUUGGUGAGCUUUUGUCCAUGUGUUUGCUUCAUACUGACAACCAUAGCAGUUUUUGCAGGGUUUUAUUUUGCACAUCGUACACAUACACCUAUAUCUAUUUUUAACCUACAAACAUGACUAUCAUCCCAGAGAAUGCAUAAUGUGGGCCUAAAAGAGGGUUGACUGUAGGGCUUUGGGGAGUUUGCAUGUUUCAACAUAAUGUAUAAGAGGAGCAUUUUGGAGUCAUGUGCCUCCAGUUUCCCAGCAUGUUGUCUGCUUCACGGACAACAAAGACAAGGACCCUGUCAUAGACAUGUUCUUUAUUUUCUUAUAGGCUGCAAACUCAAUAUCCUCUUCAACAUCUGUCCCUAUGCAAUAAGGAAGAUAAUAGCCAAGUACUUUGAUCAACAACCUUCAAUUGUGCUUCAUUUGGUUCCUCAGUAAUUCGCUCCCUGUUGCCCUCCACCGUCUCUUCCCCCUGCUCAACUGGACUUUAGAAUGUGUCUAUUGUGACACACAGCAGAAAGGAAGGUCCACCCCCUUUUGUCUGCACUCAAUGAAUGAUGGAUUGCACUUAUUUAAGCUUGGGGGACAUGCAUUUGUCAUCUGGAACAGGACUACUAUUCCUAUGGUGCUCUGCUUCAGCGCACUCUCCUCCAACUGUAACUGAUGCCCUGGAUCUAGCAGUAAAAUGUGCUGCGCUGCUGUGAACAGCCAAUCAGACAUAAAAAUUCUCCAAUCACCAAAAGGAACAAUCAGUCCAGAUACACGCGACUGUGUUUGCGGUGCGAUUCGUCUCAACUUUUCCCUGUUUCUGUAGAAGUGUAUUUUGUUGUAAUAUUUAAACUGGACUUUUCAUUGUUGGAUUAGGGAGGUUUCUCUGUCACUCUGGACAGAAACAGAGAUCAUUAGGUUGCCAUAGAAACACAAGUAGUCUGGCAGGUGGUGAGACCUGAUGUACUCAUACAGGCAAUACUCUGUAAACUCUGAACUACAAACUCUGGUAGGAAGUUUCCCCUUGAUACUGGUCAGUCAUUGUCAUUUAGCAUUGCCUGUGUAGUAGCAGCCGACCAGCCGUUUCACUGUUAGCUUUCAUAUUUAUUUGUUAUUUACCACAAAAUGCAUAACUAUUUUUGUCAUUGUGAAUGUUGUAAUUUGGUGAUGGGGACCUACCAUUUACAGUCCUUUAGAUUUCAGUGUAUUGAUUAUGGGAAAUGGAAGAAGUCAAUUACACACAAAGAAUGCAAAUAUAAUCACCCCUAACCCAGAAAUCACCACGUUGUAUUCCUCUAACCUUGUGGAAAUGUGAGGUGCAAUUCCCCUCCUGCUGGCUACACAUUACUAAGCUGUUGAGCCUAGGCUGUGUGAAUUACUCCCUAGUAUUUCCGUCAAGGUUGGUCUAAAGAUUGUGUGGACAAGUAUAAUGAAUGCAGUCAUUACACAUUUGCAAAGAUUUUCACAUUUGUAGAGAAUAUUUUAUAGAAGACCAUUGUGGUUUCAAUUGAAGAAAAAUCUACUGACGAGUAAAAGACCCCCAAUCUUUUGAAUUGAAUCAUUUUUUUGUCCCCCCCCAAAAAAAAUCUUCAAAGGACCCAUUAAAAUAAUGUUCGCUGCCCAAAAUGUUCUGAUCUUUCUAUUUGCCGGUCAGAAGUGCUCCAGCUCGGCAUCAUAAAGCAUUAGUGUUGCCAUGUGGCCCCUUACAUGGCUACUGGCCCAUCCUGUGAACAUGUGUUCAGUGCAAACACACACACCGCUUAAUGUUGUUCAGAAGCCUGGUGCUGAUGUGCCAAGGGCUACGUGAUGACUUAUCCACUUCAGAAGGCUUCUGUUGUUGACCAGUCCUCGGUUACCAGGAUGACAACUGCCAGAAGGCCACUCGUUCCAAAUCUGUAUUUCCGACCUCAUCCCUUCUUUCCUGCAGUGGUUCCAGUUUCCCUCCUUCCUUCCUCCCUCCUCCUUCUUCUUCUUCCUUCCCCUCCAAGAAUGCCUUGAUUCUUAACGACCGUGAUAAGUAUUGCUAGGUCUGAGAGCCGUUUUACAGUCUGCCAAAGCUUGCCGGCAGACACUGAUAUACAGCCCCCGGGUAGCCGAAAGGUCAAAGGUCAAGGCUGGAGCUAAUCGCGUCUUUCCCUUGGACUUUGGGGGUUAUACUGUGAGGAAAGCAAAAUGAUUUGGCAGCGGCCAGCACUAACCCGAAAUGGAGGCAGUUGAUGAGUGCCAGUCAGAACUGGCUCGCGCCGAUGUGUAAACCAAAAUCCACGUGCUGGUUGUCCAUCAUAGCCAAAGGGUUUAUGUGUGAUGCUCAUAUAAGUGUCUGUGCAGACUCUUGUUUCGAUUCACUCACUGGGGACAGUUUGAUAGUCUGCAGUUGGCUAGUGAACUCCAGCCCAUCUUAAUGAGAUGCGGAUUUCAGAGGCCCGUGUCAAAGUUGAGCCCAGGAACAUUACAGGCUGUCAUUCCCAUUAGACCUACAUCACCAUGGGUCGGCUAUCAUCAUAUUUCAGUGAUCCUAUGAUGCAAGGCCAGCACCCUUGUCUGCUCCGAUAUUCAAGAGUGAUCGCUGCUGUAGGGAGAUUGACCUUCUCCGAUCAUACCUAAUCUGACAGAGGGAGACUAGGAUUAGACAGGAAAAACCUCAGCCAAUUUUUGAGAUGAGAACUAAACUCUUAACAAUCCUCAUUAUGUAACUUCUGGUGUAUAAACAUCUUUUCCCCUCUCUUACACGGUAGCGUAGAAUGUAGUUAGUGGAGCGGGACCAGAGAGCAGAAAUGGCUCUUUGGAGUGACUUGCCAUUCGUCCUGUAAGGCCUCUUGUAAGGCGAGGGUUCAUGGUGUCUUUGGACAUCAGAAACGGUAAUCUGCACUUAACCAGCACUUAAAUUAAGACCCUACAUAAGACCCGACAUAAGUAAGACCCCCGACAUAAGUAAGACCCUACGUAAGACCCUACAUAAGACAGACCCUACAUAAGACCCUACAUAAGUAAGACCCUACAUAAGACCCUACAUAAGUAAGUCCCUACAUAAGACCCUACAUAAGUAAGUCCCUACAUAAGACCCUACAUAAGUAAGUCCCUACAUAAGAGUCCCUA